GGAGGUAGGUAGCAUUGUCGUUGAUGUCAUUUUUCUCAUACAAGUCGGAUCUCUUCAUAACAAUUGCAAUCUAUUAUCUUCCCAACUUUGUUAUCUUUCCCUUCCAGUGUCGAGUCAAGGCAAACACUACGAGCCAGAUAUCUACAACCCCAAACACAUUUACGAAACCGGAAGAAUGACCAUGUUCACCACGACACGCAUCGCUUCGAGACUCCCCGGUCUGCUCGCGAGGCAGCAGCAACAAGCCCUUCGGAUUGCCGCCCCAGCCACCACUGCGCAAGCCCGUCUGAAUAGCUCAUGGGUGGGCACCAAGAGCGAAGACCACGCCGUCAACCGGACCAAGAAGCGCGACACGACCGAUGUCUCGACCGAUGCCUCGGCGGCCGGGCAGGAGGAUCGAGAGUCGAGCUACGGGGUGCCGGACAGCUCCAAGCAGGGGGGCGCCACGGAGCGCGGGGGGCUGAAGCACGAGCGCAAGGCCAAGAAGGAACAUCCGAAGGCGCCGGAGCCGGUCAUCGGGAUGAAUGAUGAGAGAGGACAGCGAGGUCAUUAAGAACCGACGGACGAGGAUUGCUGGCUUCACGCCAGUUAGUGUGACAC